AUGUUUGACGUCACUUCUCGUAUCACUUACAAGAACGUUCCUAACUGGCACCGUGAUCUUGUCCGUGUCUGUGAGAACAUUCCCGUGGUCUUGUGUGGUAACAAGGUCGAUGUUAAGGAGAGAAAGGUUAAAGCCAAGAGCAUUACUUUCCACCGUAAGAAGAACCUCCAAUACUACGAUAUCUCUGCUAAAUCCAACUACAACUUCGAGAAGCCUUUCCUUUGGCUUGCUCGUAAGCUUGUUGGCCAACCUUCUCUUGAGUUCGUCGCUUCGCCUGCCCUUGCUCCUCCUGAGGUCACUGUCGAUGCCGACCUCAUGAACAAAUACCAACAAGAAAUGGAACAAGCUGCUGCUCUUCCUCUCCCUGAUGAGGAGGACGCUGAUCUCUAA